AUGAAGCAAUCUGCGGGGUCAUCCGCAUCUGAUUGCUCUCGGGAAGGCGCCGAGGCGUCAGUAUCGUCGUUGCUCUCUUCGUUUUACGACGUCGGUCAGCAGAAUGACGCGACUGACGGAAGUAAAGCAUACUCCGCAAGCGACCAAAGUCAAGACUCAUGGGAUGAGGCGUUACUAAGCGGCGCAAUAUUUGGAAAUGAGGAUUUUGACGUCGAUCAGUGUCUUACGACCGCGCUCAAAAAAUAUUCAAUGGUGGAGCUCAUAGCUCUACUUAGGAGGUUGGAACGUGAGGUUAGGCAGUUUACAGCAGGGAAACAGAUUCUAAUAUACGACAACUACGAAUGCCUCUUCUCAUCCCUAGACACGGUGCACGAAAUAAAUGCGGAUCUAACCGUACUCCAAAAGCAACUUUAUACGCUAAAAUCAUCGCAGAUAAAGGCAUCAUCGGUUGAUAUAUCUUCCAGAUAUGGGUUCCGUGAGAAAUUACGUGGUAUCACAGAGUUAAAUCGUGUACUCAAUAUUUUCCAGGCAUUAGCCUGCAUCGCAACAUGUCUUCACAACGCUACUAAAGAGCCAACAACUGGAGAUGAAAGCAAGGAGCAUUUUUUCAAGUUGCUUGAACUGUUAGGUAGGGUCUACGUGAUAUUGAAUAUGGUAAGAGAGCGAUCUGGUCCCAAGACAGCGAACAUAAAACUCUUCCAGACGUUUAACCAAAAGAUAAGAAUUCUCAUCCCAAACGUAGUCAGCGGCAUAGUUAGACAUGUAAAAAAUGAGUUCAUGUCUCAGAAUGUCCUGGUGGACAUCUGCUGCAACUUGGCUGUGACGCAUAUCACCGCGACGCAGUUAUGGGAAAUUUACUGGGUCAACAAAUCUUUGGGAUUUAAAAGUCGACUACAUGACUUGAUAGAUGUGGCAGGUGAUUCGUCAGUGACAUUACAUAGCUUGUCCAACCAUGUGAUUAACUUCCUCAUGUAUGUGUUGGAAGCGGUUUACUCAGAUGGUUAUUUCAAGCUGGCCAGAUUCAUUGAGUCAAAUACCGACGGGGUGCCAGAAGAAGAUGGAGAAAAUCCUCGAAAACGUGAUAUGGCGUGCAUUUUCUGCUGCGCAGACGAUUGUGACAUUGUUUUUGAGUACCACGGAGACGGCACUAAUGGCAAUGUGGAAGAGGGGCAUAUUGGCGAUAAAACGGGCGAAACGCCCGUGUAUAGACAUUACUGGCUUGCCAAUAAGAGCUCCAAGCCAUGUGUAUGCAUUAAAGAGAAUAUUGCGGAACAGUUUGUUGUAUGUUAUGUUCAGUUGGCAUUUGCCACCCUACAGCCUCGUCUCAUGGAUCGAUCCAAGCAUAUUACGUGGAACGAAAUUAUUUUUGUUCUAACGUGUAUUUUAGAUAAAGUAAAGUCUAUUCCAAAGGGGGAAGUAAUGGCUAAAUUGCUUGCAGAUAUCAGUUUUGGCUGGAUCUUACUUACUGUCCUACUUUACUUACAAAAACAAUUUUACCCCGUGUACGAUGCCGUCGCCUCCGCUAUCCUAUCAGCAUCGGAAAGCAGAAAAGAUGACAACCCUUUUGAGGAUGUUUAUGCUAAGGUGGAACGUACAUUAAAGGAUGUUGCUGAUGUAAUGCGUUUCGUUGACGAUUUGGGGGACGCCAUGCACCUUUCGUUGCGACCCUUGUUUACGUCAUUUCUUGCGUUCUACAUCGGUUCUUUGAAAAGCGUAUUUAAUGCACAAUUUAAAGUCCUAGUUCAUGCAUCUGAUGCCAGUCAAGAGGACGAUUACAGUCUUGGAUCGUUAGCCUGGUUGCUCUCAUUGCGUGGCAGCAAAGAAUUGAAUCGGCAGGAGUUGAUGGGGGAACGCAUCAAAGAAUCCAGGGCGAAUUAUCGCCAUGCGGAGGCCAAUAAGUCUAUAUUGGGGAACGCAUUUGAUGACGAUUCGGUGGAAUCCGAACUGCUGGUCCUUCGACUGGGACUCUCAGUUGAACACUACUUGGAAUGGAAAAUGCGGAAGGACGCUAAGGAGCUCCCACCUUCAGGCAACAAUAUGACGGCAGCGUUGACGCACCUUGUGACCUUGAUGGUGCCAUUUAACCUUAUAUUUAAUCGCAUUAAUACGCUUGCAGGGCAGCACUGCAGCGGCGUCUCUUCAAUGCUCACAAGUGGUGCUCUUGAAAUGUUGCUACCGAGUGUUCCGAUAUCUCCCAUGAAUGUGUUCGAUACAGAAAUUAACACUUGCGCUUAUUUAUCAGGGUUGAUGGAUUAUGCAAUUGGGCAAAAUUGCCUAGAAGGUCUUUUACGUGACCACCACAUACACCUUACUGCAAUAUUGCACGCCGCGUAUCGCUUUGCGAAAGAGCACUCAACUUGGGGGUUGGUUCCUAUAAUCAAGGCUGUUCCAUGUGAUGUGAAACGGAGUGGCCGAUAUUCAUUAAUGGAGGGAUGUGCGCUCUUCGACAUGCAUCACAUUACACUGCGCGUGCUAUCACAUGUGAUGAUCGGUUGCAUGAGGAGGGCGAACACUUUGAUCAGGUACGCCAUGGAGAGCCUAGAAUACGGAGAUGUGACAGCUGAAGAUGCUGUUAAGGAUCUCACAGGAGUGCUGUAUGAUGCGAUAGAGUUCCUGAAUGCCACUGCCGAUCCUACUCUCAGCGGGGAAAUUACGUACAUUCAGGUGGCCGAACUCAACCGAAAAUUAAAGUAUAUGUCGUCAAAAAGCGAUGUAGAUGCUUACAAUGUCAUUCGGGAACUAUCGUUUGUCCCAUCCAAGGAUAUGUGUCUAAAACUGUUCACAAUCCAUGUUGCGCAAAGCAUUGCUCGAAACUCAAGGCUGCAUGUAAUAACCAAAGAAACACUUCGGGGGCUCACAUCCCGCAUCGAAAAACAGUUGGUGAUGGCUUUCAAGAAGAGUUCUGACGCUGAGCAAAUGAAGAGAGUUUUCACGCAACUAGCAAAUACGGACACCGCAUAA